UCACGUAAAUGCUUACAAUUUACACCUUUAAAUCGAAUAAAAUUAUAAAUGCGUUCAAGCCAGAAAAAUGUGCUAACCGAGGAGGACACAUCCGACACAUCCAUUCACCCAGAUGGCUUAGCCAAUGACCUUAUAAAAGGGAUUUUCAACAAUUAUUCUGAACGAGGACUUCACCAUGAGUCAUCCUUCAGUGUGUCCUCCGGUUCUUUGCCGAAUCGCAAGAGUAAAAUCGAUAGUCGUCUAGAUUACUGGAAGAACAUGCUCAUUCAACGACGUGCCUUGCAAAAGAGACUACGCAGCCAAUUGGGCAGGACUCCGGAGCUUAUGAUCCAAAAUCACCAGAGAAAAGUAGUGAGACGCUCGAUAGGGGACUGCUUGGAGACCGUAGGACUGCCCAGCUAUUCAGCUGCUGAAAUGUUGGGGUGUGAUCAGCUAAUAAAAGAGGAUGUGGAUACUAUGCCAGAGCCAGCACCACAAAUCCGUAGUUUGGAGGUGGUGGGCAAGAAGUGCAAGGAGUGUCAGGAGGUUCUGGGUCAUAACAUAAAGGUGUCCAAUCGUUCAGAGGCUUCUUUAGGCGCCAGUGGCGCAGUCGAGGUGACCCAAUCUGCAGGGACGAUCCAGCAGGCGGUUAGCGGACCAGGCGUUCGCAUUAAUGGCAUCAAUUUCUGGCCACAUAAUCCAGAGUUCUCGCCCACCAUUGACCGAACCUUUGCCAGUCAACCCUUUCAACGAUACCUGCGCCCCAUUAUACGCAUCGAAAACAUUGGACACCGAGAGCUGCGCCUUUAUUGGAAGAAGGUCAACUUCUUCUCGAACAACAAUACUCUUAUGGAAGCCGAUCUUGAUGACUUCCUUUUCGAUGUGGCCCCAUUUGUGCUUCUACCGGGCGAGAUCCGAGAUGUUACGGUUCUCUAUCAGCCGCGCCACGUGGCCAUUGUGAAGCAGCGCUGGCUGCUAUUGACCAGUCCACGCAUCUUCUUCUGUCGUCCCUCUGGUUUCACAUUGAACUUGAACGGUCGCUGCACUCCGCCCAAAGAAUACUUGGACCGCCUGAAACUGGAGAAGCUUCAGGUGAUGUCCUAUGAGGCGCGGGUGCAUCUGCAGCAGCGGACAUUGACCCUCUGUCCAUAUGAACGGCACCUGGAGGAGCGCGAGGCAUUCAACUGCCGCAACAGAAGCUUCCAGUGCCCAACUCACGAAGAUUUUGCGCGCCUCAUGGCGUUCUACAAGCGGGUGAGGCCUGGAAAUUCAGGUACUUCCUCCUGGGACUACAGUGUGCACUCGCUAAUCCACCUGGUGUGUAAUAGUCGGGACAUACGGCAGCGCAUUGCACACUUUUCGGAACUGACCAACUUGCUAGACGGCUGGCGAAGAACAUCUACAGUGCCACUGAAUAGAGCGGACUCAGUUAAUAGGCUGUGGGAACGCGAUCACUCAAAAAUGAUUUAUGUGCGUGGAAUACUGGGUAGUGUACUGGAAGAAUGGGAGCAAAAGGUGCAUCUCCUUGGAGUGAGAGUCGCCAACCGAGAUACUACGAGUAGUACCAGCUUGCAGGUGGCCAAUAAGAUUCCACGUUCCAAGUUAUUCAUAGACUCAAUCUGUAUCCAGUUGUACGCAUUGAUGUGCAGCGCGGUGGAGGAUAUUGCGUCGGUGAUCGAAAGCACAGCUCAGAUUUAG